CAAUAAAUCCCAGACGUCAUCAUCGUGCGACCAGCUUUAAGAGACAGGAAGAAGAAGAAAUGGCUGCCAGGCUUCUACUCCGCACAGCUCUAAGAGCCGCGACAACUUGCCGGGCUGCCCCGGUUCCUGCUCUGACCCGCGGCAUGGCGGCUGGAGGGAUUCCCACUGAUGAAGAACAAGCCACAGGACUGGAGAGGAAAAUCAUGGAAGCCAUGAAGGAGGGAAAGGAUCCCUACAGCAUCAUGAAGCCAAAGCAGUAUGCUGGCACCAAGCAAGACCCCCACCUCGUUCCCUCCAUCACCAACAAGAGGAUUGUGGGAUGUAUCUGUGAAGAAGACAACACGGCCAUCAUUUGGUUCUGGCUCCAUGAGGGCGAGGCCCAACGCUGCCCCUCCUGUGGUGCCCACUACAAACUGGUGCACCAUGAGCUCCCCCACUAACUCCUGUCUGCCUCUGAUAUUACAGACUCGUAUCACACAGCUGUGUGAGCUUCUCUCAGAAAUGUUUCUCUUCAAAUUCAUUCUUCACAUUAUAAUGAGAAAAUUAGUGCAGACAUUCACGUUGCCCAGAGGAUGAACCAUCAUGACUGUGGAGAACGUGGUUGAGAUGGUACCUGCUAAAUGUUAUCAUGCCUCACAGAGCUGCUGACGUGGCCAUCGACUCUCACUCUGGUUUGAUCUGUUCCUAGUGAGCCUCUCAGCUUUAUGGAAAUGUAAUCCUACAUCACCGAAAAACAUGUUUAACUCUGACUCUGCUCGUUGCAAACUGUUUCUCCUGAGUUGAAGAAGACAACACAGCUGUGGUUUGGUUCUGGCUCCAUGAGGGUGAGGCCCAGCUGGUGCACCAUGAGCUCCCCCACUGGCUCCUGUCUGCCUCUGAAGUUGUAGACGUUUAUCACACAGCUGUGUGAGCUUCUCUCAGAAAUAUUUCUCUUCACAUGCAGAACAUCAGACUGUAACGUUUUUAUUCUUCAGUCAAUAGGAAGUUGGGCUGCGUUGGCUCCGUCUACUUCCUGGUCUUAAAUUGCGGGUCCUUGUCUGAUUGUUCUUUGGCUUGUUCUGUCACGGUACUUGAUCGACCGGCUAACCUCAUCGGUCUUUGCUUUACGUGUUACCGUUAAGAGGGAUCACAACUGUUUAACGUUUCCAUUCAACUUAGAGUCAUCCUGCAUCUGCUGUCUGAUGUUCUCCUCCUCCUGUUGAACCAAUAAAGUCUGCUGUGGUUGUGCUUUA